GAGUGCGGUGAUGACCAAAAGAAAGCAGGCAGCAGAGAGAUGGACAAGCAUCUGGAUCCAACUGUUGCAGCUAAGCUCACAGAGAAGAAGACUGAGUUAGCUCCAGCCUUAACAUACAGAUCAGCCACCCCAAUACCACCACCACCAUGCCCGUCCUCCAUCCCCGGCCCAGAUCCCUCCCCUCCCUCAGGGCCUGCUGUGGGAAGUGAGGGGGGCAUUCACUCCUAGUUGACUUCGAGAUAGCUUUGGCAAACUACUAAUGCGUGGUCCUUGGUCAGCAUCUUUCCAUUAGCAGCUCCUUCCAGCAGCCAUUAGGGGUCAGCAGCCAUUAGGGUUCAGCAGCCAUUAGGGGUCAGCAGCCAUUAGGGGUCAGUAGCCAUGUAUCAGGGCAACCACUCCUCUAUAUAUUCUGUAUGUUGUUGGUUGUAUUUGAUGUCCUGUACAGUGCCUUGCAAAAGUAUUCAUCCCCCUUGGCGUUUUUCCUAUUUUGUUGCAUUACAACCUGUAAUUUAAAUGGAUUUUUAUUUGGAUUUCAUGUAAUGGACAUACACAAAAUAGUCCAAAUUGGUGAAGAGAAAUGAAAAAAAUUCUAAAAGAUAAAUAACGGAAAAGCGGUGAGUGCAAAUGUAUUCACCCCCUUUGCUAUGAAGCCCCUAAAUAAGAUCUGGUGCAACCAAUUACCUUCAGAAGUCACAUAAUUAGUUAAAUAAAGUCCACCUGUGUGCAAUCUAAGUGUCAAAUGAUCUGUCACAUGAUCUCAGUAUAUAUAUACCUGUUCUGAAAGGCCCCAGAUUCUGCAACACCACUAAGCAAGGGGCACCACCAAGCAAGACCAAGGAGCUCUCCAAACAGGUCAGGGCCAAAGUUGUGGAGAAGUACAGAUCAGGGUUGGUUUAUAAAAAAAUAUCAGAAACUUUGAACAUCCCACGGAGCACCAUUAAAUCCACAACUAACCUGCCAGAGAGGGCCGCCCACCAAAACUCACGGACCAGUCAAGGACGGCAUUAAUCAGAGAGGCAACAAAGAGACCAAAGAUAACCCUGAAGGAGGUGCAAAGCUCCACAGCGGAGAUUGAAGUAUCUGUCCAUAGGACCACUUUAAUAAUAAUAAUAAUAUGCCAUUUAGCAGACGCUUUUAUCCAAAGCGACUUACAGUCAUGCGUGCAUACAUAUUUUUUUUUUGUGUAUGGGUGGUCCCGGGGAUCGAACCCAUUACCUUGGCGUUACAAGCGCCGUGCUCUACCAGCUGAGCUACAGAGGACCACUACUUUAAGCCGUACACUCCACUGAGCUGGGCUUUACGGAAGAGUGGCCAGAAAAAAGCCAUUGCUUAAAGAAAACAAUAAGCAAACACGUUUGGUGUUCGCCAAAAGGCAUAUGGGAGACUCCCCAAACAGAUGGAAGAAGGUACUCUAGUCAGAUGAGACUAAAAUUGAGUUUUUGGCCAUCAAGGAAAACGCUAUGUCUGGCGCAAACCCAACACCUCUCAUCACCCCGAGAACACCAUCCCCACAGUGAAGCAUGGUGAUGGCAGCAUCAUGCUGUGGGGAUGUUUUUCAUCGGCAGAGACUGGGAAACUGGUCAGAAUUGAAGGACUGAUGGAUGGCGCUAAAUACAGGGAAAUUCUUGAGGGAAACCUGUUUCAGUCUUCCAGAGAUUUGAGACUGGGAUGGAGGUUCACCUUCCAGCAGGACAAUGACCCUAAGCAUACUGCUAAAGCAACACUUGAGUGGUUUAAGGGGAAACAUUUAAAUGUCUUGGAAUGGCCUAGUCACAGCCCAGACCUCAAUCCAAUUGAGAAUCUGUGGUAUGACUUAAAGAUUGCUGUACACCAGCGGAACCCAUCCAACUUGAAGGAGCUGGAGCAGUUUUGCCUUGAAGAAUGGGCAAAAAUCCCAGUGGCUAGAUGUGCCAAGCUUAUAGAGACAUACCCCAAGAGACUUGCAGCUGUAAUUGCUGCAAAAUGUGGCUCUACAAAGUAUUGACUUUGGGGGGGUGAAUAGUUAUGCACGCUCAAGUUUUCUGUUUGUGUUGUCUUAUUUCUUGUUUGAUUCACAAUUUAAAAUAUUUUGCAUCUUCAAAGUGGUAGGCAUGUUGUGUAAAUUAAAUGAUACAAACCCCCCAAAAAUCAAUUUUAAUUCCAGGUUGUAAGGCAACAAUAUAGGAAAAAUGCCAAGGGGGGUGAAUACUUUAUACUCUAUAUAUUCUGUAUGUUGUUGGUUGUAUUGUUGGUUGUAUUUGAUGUCCUGUAAUUAGUUUCAUUGACAAGCUUUAAUAUCACAAAGCAAAUUUAGGUGAAAACAACCAAUAUAAUAUUUUCUUGUCCUUAUUUUAGGUCAGGCUGUGGUUCAUGGUCCAACAGCUGCGCUCCGGGAUCAGCUGGGACGCAGAGGAGAUCUGCGAGGCACGCAGCAAGAUUUGCGGACCAAACCAGACGCAGGAGAAGGAGAAAGACAAAAAGGAGAAAGAGGUGAAGGAGAAGGUAUUGGAAGUGCCUCACAUCAGUAAGGAGGAUGAUGGGAGUAACAGGAGCGAACAUUCACCUGUCUCCACCUCCACUCAACUUAGCAGCCUGUCCUCAGAGUCCUCCUCACCCGUUCCUCUCAAAAGCAGUAAACGCCACCCCAUUGUUGCACCCAAUAAGCUCAAUCUCCACCAAACUUUUCUUGCAGGGCCUCAAAGCUCUCCACUUCCUCCGCGCUCAGUGGCACCUCCCACAACCACAGGGCAACCCCUAGAAACCUGA